AUGGGCCUGUGGCAGGAAAGCUUCUUUGGGCGAGUUGCUCUGGAGCAACAGGCGCAACUUUUUGUUGUUCUCAUCUUUGGUAUUCUGAAAGAGACACUUCCGAAAAUGCGUUUUAAUUCAGAAAUGUUCUGGUUUGGUGGCGAGCAGAAGCGACUGAAAACAGACCCGCUGAAUAAUUCAUUAUCGUUUCUCAGUGCGUGCUGGCACAUUGCAGCACUCGCUCUCAGAAGUUCUGGUAAUCGUCUUUAG